AUGUUGGAAGGUCUUGUUUCCUCGUUGCUUAACCGCUUCUUGGGCAUGUACAUCCGCAACUUCGAUCCUGGACAACUGAAAGUGGGAAUAUGGGGAGGCGAUGUGACGCUACGAGAUCUAGAGCUACGGCGAGAAGCUCUCGACCAACUGAAGCUGCCUAUAAAUGUAGUGGAAGGACAUCUGGGUCAACUCACACUGAAAAUCCCGUGGUCGAAUCUGCGAGGACAGCCUGUGCAGGUUGAGAUUGAGAAUGUCUUCCUCCUUGCUGCCCCGAAGGAGGAUGCGGAAUAUGACGAAGAGGAAGAGGAGCGACGGAGACAGGCAGUCAAGAUUGAGAAGCUGGACAGUGCUGAGAUGUUGAAGGACCGCAACCAAGAAGGCAUGAGCCAGGAGGAACAGCAGAAAAGUCAAAGCUUCACGGACAGCUUGGUCACCAAAAUUGUCGACAAUCUCCAGAUCAAAGUCAAGAAUAUCCACGUCCGCUACGAAGACUCGAUUUCGGCUCCUGGCCAUCCCUUUGCCCUUGGUUUAACUCUCGAAGAAUUCAGUGCAGUGAGCACAGAUGGAGAAUGGAAGCCUACGUACAUACAAGACACGGCUGGACCUACACACAAGCUUGGCACUUUAGGUGCACUUGCUGUUUAUUGGAAUACGGAUACCUCGCUAUUAGGGACUGGGAGAGAGGCAGAGGUUGCCGGAGCAUCUGUUGCUUCACAUGAGGAAAUGCUAUCAAAAUUCAAGGAGAUGAUUGUGCGAGCCGAAGACCCAGAAACCGGGAACCACCAAUUUAUUUUGAAGCCUGUCAGUGGGCAGGCAAAGAUCGCCAUCGAUAAAUCCGGGAAGUUGGAUAGACCACAUAUAAAGGCUGGCUUGAUUUUCGACGAGAUUGGACUUGUUCUUGAUGAUGAUCAAUACCGAGACGCACUCAUGAUGGUAGACUUAUUCCACUAUUUCAUUCGCCACCAAGAGUACAAAAAGUUACAGCCAAAAGGUGUAUCGCCCAAGGAGGAUCCGAAAGCAUGGCUAAAAUUCGCUGGCAAUGCAAUUUUGAGUAAGAUCCAUGACCGAAAUCGGAGAUGGUCAUGGGAAUUCUUUAAAGAAAGGAGGGACAAUAGAAUUCGCUAUAUUGAACUUUUCAAGAAGAAAAAGAAGCAAGCAGACCAGAUGACACCAGAUGAAGUCAGCGAACUAGAUAAGCUAGAGUGGAAGCUUGAUUACGAGGACAUGCGCUUCUGGAGAUCACUGGCUAGGAACCAGCUGAAAAAGGAGAAUGUUGGCAUCAAGAAGACUGAGACAGCUAAACAAAAUCAAGGCUGGGUCGCUUGGGCGUGGGGAUCUAAGCCCAAGGAGGAGGAGGAGGCUGAUCCAGAGACUACAAUGACUGAGGAGCAACGCCAAGAGCUGUAUGAUGCUAUUGACUGGGACGAAAAGAAUGCACUUGCCGAAAGUGUUGAUUUACCGAAAGACACCGUCAAAAUGCAAGUCGAUGCAUCUCUGAACACCGGCAGUUUUACACUCAAACGCGAUCCCCAUGAUAACGUCGUCGAAGUUCUUAGUCUCUAUUUUGAUGGAUUCCGUGCAAAGUUUCUUCAACGACCAGAAUCUUUCCUGGCCGAUAUCAGCCUCAAUGGCUUGAGAGUCAAUGACGGUACGACACCGAACAGUCUAUUUCCUCAGAUUGUGCGCGUGAAAGAUGCGCCAGAUACGCCAACACAGAAAGCCUUGACAGACGGGCAAGAUGACGAGGAAGAGAACGUUGUUGAUCCUUUCUUCCAAUUCCAAUUUGAGAAAAACCCCCUGGAUGGCGCCAGCGAUCUAGCUCUUACCGGCAAGCUGAAGCCUCUCGAGAUCAUAUGGAAUCCACAGUUCCUCGUUGGCAUAAUACAAUUUUUCAAACCUCCCGAGAGACACAUGGAGUCCAUUGGGGCACUCAUGGAAACGGCUGGUGCGACCGUAGAAGGCUUACGCCAACAAACUAGAGCCGGGCUCGAGUUCGCUCUGGAAGAGCACAAGACUCUCAAUGCCAAGCUGGAUCUCCAAGCUCCUCUGAUCAUUGUUCCUGAAAGCAUAACUUCGAAAUCGACGACAUGUCUGAUUUUAGACGCUGGUCAUAUCAGUGUCAACAGCCAACUCGUCGAUCAGGAUACCAUGAAAGAAGUUCAGGCAAAGCAGAGACAAUCCUAUACUGAUGAGGACUUCAAGCGCCUCGAGUCAUUGAUGUACGACAAGUUUUUGGUCAAGCUUUCCUCCACCCAAGUCCUAAUUGGUCCCUCAAUUGAGGAUACCAAGUCACAACUCGAGAAGAGGGACGACACCAAGUCGAUGCAUAUUGUCGAGAAGAUCAACAUUGAUUUCACAGUCGAAACUUCAAUCAUUCCGAAGGCACCAAACCUCACAAAGGUUCGGAUUUCAGGACAUCUACCAAUUCUCCAUGCUUCGGUAUCAGACAAGAAAUACAAAAGUCUGAUGCGACUAAUUGAGGUUGCCAUUCCAAAUUUGGACAAAGAAGACGAGCCUAGCCAGUCGUCCGCCCAAGAAAAAGCGGUGGCCCGGCCUCGUGCGCAAAGCUCAAUCUCCAACAAACUCGACAAAACUAACCAGCGCGAUGCAUCUACGUCGUUCAAGUUCUCAACCCAAGAAGCUAUUGUCAUUCAGGAUGAGUCGGAUGACGACGACGAACACGAGUUUGAGGAUGCAUCGACAGGUAGCCCCAAUGACGAUCUCAAGAUUCAACAACGCAAUUUUGAACUCAAAUUCGAGGUUGAUCGUUUGCAGGGCUCGCUUUUCAGGAGUGAUCCUGAAGGAAAGAAGCCAGAUCAACUGCUGGUGGAACUUGUUGCUGAUAAUUUCGCCCUGGACCUCUGCGUUCGUCCUUACGAUUUGAUCAUUGACGUCUCCUUGGAGUCUCUGGUCAUUGACGAUUGCGUUGACAAUCCCUCUGCCGAAUUUAAAUCGAUCGUCUCAUCGGGUGACGUUGAAUCAGAGACUCAAAACGAUCUGAUCCACGUAAACUUGAUAAAGGUCAACAGAGGCUCACCGGAAUUUAUGUCCAAAUAUGAGGGCGUGGAAAUCAAUAUCGACGUCAAUUUAUCUACCAUUAACUUGGUCGUGACCAGAAAAACUCUCCUCACACUCCUUGAUUUCAUCUUGGUCACGUUUACAAACAAUGAAUCGGCAACUAGCGGGGCCACUCCUGCACCCAAAGAAAUAAUGGACAUCGAGAACGAGGAGCAGCAAGUUGUCAAGGACAAUGACUCCAGUGCAAGCUCAAUUAGGAUCAAAAUUGAUCUGAAAAGUAUUCGUCUCAUACUCAACAACGACGGACUUCGUCUAGCUACACUUUCUCUCAAUGCUGCUGAUGUUGGCAUUUUCGUCAUGGGGAAGACCUUACGAAUCGGAGCUAAGUUGGGUGACCUGAGUCUGCUUGACGACAUAAAUCAAGGCGCCUCGACUGAUUCCAGCCUUCGAAAGCUCAUUACAAUCCAGGGAGACGAUCUGGCAGAUUUCCGUUAUGAGACAUUCGACCCUGAAGGUGGCAAUGCCUAUCCUGGCUACGAUUCUUCGAUAUAUCUUCGCGCUGGUUCCAUCAAGUUGAACUUCUUAGAAGAACCUUUCAGGAAGAUCAUUGAGUUCCUAGUCAAAUUCGGCAAGAUGCAAGCCCUUUUCAAUGCCGCAAGACAGGCGGCAGCGAAUCAGGCCUCCCAGAUCCAAGGAAAUGCAAGUCGUAUAAAGUUCGAUAUUAACAUCAAGACACCUAUCGUCGUCUUUCCACGGGUCAUGGUUGCAGGCCAAUCGAAACAUGACCUGAUAACUGCUUACCUGGGAGAAAUUUAUGCCGAAAACAAGUUUGUACCAUUGGACGAUUCAAAGGAUUCUGAGAUUGCAAUGAAGCUCUCGGCUGGAAUCCGUAAUAUUCGUCUCACAUCCGACUUCCAUUUCUCAGACGACAAGACCGAAGAGCUUGAACUUAUCGACAAGGUGGAUCUCGGAUUCCAGAUGACCUAUGCUGAGCAUACGCUAGACGCUAAGAGACCUGAUAUGGAGAUUGAAGGAAGCAUGACGGACUUCAAUCUGCGCAUCACACAGACCCAACUGAAGUUCCUCCUGGAGCUUGCCAGGUCCGUCCCGGCGGCCUUUACAGCAGACCCAGACGCGGACGAGCACGACGCUGUUGACGAUGUCCCGAAAUCAACGGUACAAAAGGCCAGGACUAUUAUGCAGGACGAGCCUAGUGAUAGUAACAACGCUCUUGUGGACUUGGGACCAGAGCUUGGAGUUGACUCUAAGACUUGGACGAACCUUGAUUUCUCUUUUCACGUCAACACUAUCGGCCUCGAGCUAAUUUUAGCAAAGGAAGAUGAGCCUGUUGGUAAUCUUGAGGCGUCUAGUUUGUCUAAGUUCUCCCUGGAUGAUACUAAAGUGAAGCUACGGAUGAUGACUGAUGGAUCUUUGGAAUCCGAGCUUUCGAUUCAUUCCUUCACAAUCCAAGACAGCAGAACCCAAGAAACAAACAAGUUUCGAAAGAUCAUGACUUCUUCGAACAAGGAUGUCCAGCAGUUUAUGACGAGCGUGACCAUCUCUGGUGGAAAGGAACGCAACUUAAUUGCCAUUGUUGCCGUCGACAGCCCUCGUAUCAUCUUUGCCCUGGACUAUCUCUUCGCCAUUCAGGCCUUUGUAACUGAAGGGUUUGCCGUCGAGGAAUCAGUGAUACCGGAGGAAGAUGAAAGCACAAUCGGGUCUCCGGUUGAAUCUGAGACUGACUCGCUGAGACCGCCUCUCUCGACCAGAGCCAAUACCAUCGCCAGUCCUACUGAAACUUCAGCUCAGCCAGGAGAGUCAUCAAUGAGCAUUGCGUUUAGGGUCAAUGUCGUUAACGCACAGGUCAUUCUCAUUGCCAAUCCACUGAGCUCUAGUUCCGAGGCCAUUGUCCUCGGAACAAAGCAGAUCUUGAUUGCACAGCAGCACGCCCUGACUUUACAGGUCAUGCAAAUGGGUAUGUUCCUCUGCAGAAUGGAUCGCUUUGAAGAUACUCGCCUGAGAGUACUUGACGACUUUUCCAUGCAAAUGUCCAUGGAAACAAAACCCGAUGCAAGUAGCAUUCACCUUGAUAUUGAGCCAUUAGUACUACGCUUGUCUCUACGCGAUAUUCUGCUUGCAAUUCAAAUUGUCAGUAAGGCGUCAGAGCUGACUGGAUCUGGCGAUGACGGUGAUAAGAAGAAAGCAUCCGCUUCCGAUGUCAAGGCUAAACAGCUUAAGAGUAACACUGGCAGUCUCAAGCGUCGUACAGCAAGCGGCAAGGCCGGAACUACGGUGAAAAAGAGCAAGUCUGUUAUGGCUGCACCUCAUUCGGGUAACCAAGCUGCCGGAAAGCAAGUGGUACGAAAGCACGAGGAGCUUACUGCCACUCUGGAUGGUAUGAGGCUCAUUUUGAUUGGUGAUCUUCACGAGUUACCAAUUCUGGACAUGAGCGUCAAGAGUUUCACGACUACCGCCACUGAUUGGACGAGCACGUUGAAGGCAGACACGAGCAUUGAUAUGUUCAUCAAUAUCUACAACUUCUCGAAAUCAGCUUGGGAACCUCUUGUCGAGCCUUGGCAACUGGGCAUGCAAAUCUCUAAGCAGACAAAUCCAGAAUGCCUGACUGUCGAUUUUACAUCCCCAAAGAUGCUGGAGUUGACGGUCACAUCUGCUUCGAUUGCUCUUGCCUCUAAGUCGGCACAGUUCCUGACGCAAGAAGAGGAUGUACUAUCUAAGCCACGAGGACAAGAAGCACCUUAUCGAAUCCGAAACUAUACAGGGUUUGAGAUCAAUGUCUGGGCUGAUGUCUCUAGCCAGGAUAAUCAGAUGGCGGCCAAACUUGAAGAUGGCGAAGAGGCACCGUGGCGAUUUGAAGACUGGGAGAAAAUGCGUGAGAAUCUGUCCCCUGAGAACAACAGUGGAGUUGUUGGGAUUAGACUUGAAGGAAGUGGAUUUGAUAGUAUCAACAAGAUACCUGUCAAUCGCGAAGGGGAGGCUAUUUACAACCUUCGCCCUCGCAAGGAGCAGAUAUUGCAUCGACUCUUGGUGGAGGUCGAACUAGGGACGGACAACGUGAAGUACAUUACAUUCCGCUCCCCACUUUUGGUCGAAAACAAGACUCAAAUUCCGGUCGAGAUGGGUGUAUUUGAUGCACAAGAAGGCCACUUACUGAAGAUUGAAAAGAUCGCCCCUGGGGAGAGCCGUCCAGCUCCUGUAGGUGCAGCUUUCAUGAAAUCGUUACUAGUCAGACCAGAUCAAGGGUUUGGCUACACUUGGUCAUCAGAAUCUUUGUUUUGGAAAGACCUUCUGAAAAGACCGACAAGAACCUUGAUGUGCAAGGGCGAACAGGACAAGCAGACGCCGCCUUUCUAUUUCCAGAUGCACGCUAAUUAUGAUCGGAGCAACCCUCUCACCAGCUCAAGCUUACCGAUGAUUAGUAUAUAUCCUUACAUGAGGAUUCGCCUUUCUGCACCUGUCGAAUUAGAAAACCUUCUUCCGUACGACUUCAAGUAUCGCAUCUACGACAAAAACACCAAAAAGGACUGGACAAACUUUCUCCGGAAAGGGGGUCUCAGUCCCGUCCAUGUUGUCGAGCUCUCGCAUCUGCUUUUGAUGAGUAUUGACAUGCAAGAUACAGUCUUCAAGGCUAGUGAAUUUGCCAUCAUCAAUUCAAAUAACCAAGAAGAUUUCCGGAAGGAGUCUAUGUUAGUUUGCAAAGAUAAGGACGGGCUGGCGUUGAAUCUCCGGCUACAUUACUACAAAAUUCCAGAUAGCGGCGGCGCCUUCAGAGUAACUGUCUACAGUCCAUAUGUCAUUCUCAACAAAACCGGGCUUGAGAUCAAUAUCAAAGCCAAGUCUCUUCUGCAACAAGCAAAAACUGCAGCCGGUCAAGGUUUCCACACAAACUCGGCCGACGCGGACAAGAAAAAGGCAUUGCCCUAUAUGUUCGCUUUUGGAGCCGACGAUCAACGCAAUCGUGCCCUCCUCAAGGUCGGCGAAUCGAAUUGGAGUAAAGCGCAAAGUUUUGACGCCGUCGGAAGUACUGUCGAUGUCGUAUUGCCAUCUUCGACCAAGAACACUGAAAUUCACGUCGGAAUCACGGUCGAUGCAGGAGAGGGUAAGUACAAGAUGACUAAAGUUGUUACUCUAGCCCCUCGGUUUGUUCUCAAGAAUCGGAUGAAUGAAGAGAUCAAUGUCCGAGAACCUGGAUCAUCUGAUCUCGUGACGUUGAAGCCUCAAGCAUUGCAGCCGUUGCAUUUCCUACAGAAGUCAACCAUCAAGCAACUUUCGCUUUGUUUCCCAGGGCUGAAUAAUCAAUGGUCAUCCCCCUUUAACAUCUCUGAUCUUGGGACGACCCAUAUCAAAUUGGCGAGAGCAGGCCAACGGCAGAAGCUUAUCAGAGUGGAGGUGCUGAUGGAGAAUGCAACGAUAUUCUUGCACCUGAGCGCAGAGACCAAGAACUGGCCCUUUUCUAUGCGCAACGAGAGCGACACGGAAUUCACGUUCUUUCAGGCAAACCCCAACAUUGAUGACGAGGAUACAGAAGAUCAAUCAGGUUGGCGCCCAAUUAGAUACCGUUUGCCUCCAAGAAGCAUCAUGCCUUACGCUUGGGAUUAUCCCGCAGCAAAGAACAAGGAGCUGAUAAUCAAUGCCAAUGGCAAAGAGAGACAUAUCAAGUUGGCUGAGAUUGGUAACUUGAUUCCUAUGAAGAUCCCAGCACCACACUCAGCGACUGGAGCACGUGAACCUAAGAUCAUCGACUUGAAUGUCGCGGCGGAUGGUCCAACUCAGACUUUAAUACUCUCCAACUACAAAGCUUCUAAGAGUUUGUACAAGCAGAAUUCACGGUCCGCAUCGACUACCAGUGUGGCUACAGGUUUCGAGGUCAAAGACCAAGAUACCAAUGUCACGUUCCGCGCACAGCUUAAACUUGCUGGCUUCGGAAUCUCACUAAUCAACCACCAGCUGCGAGAGCUUGCGUAUGUCACUUUCCGCGAUAUAUCGUUUCAAUAUUCCGAGUCGCCUCUAUUUCAAACGAUCACGGCUAGCAUCAAAUGGGUGCAAAUUGACAACCAACUGUACGGCGGCAUAUUUCCAAUGAUCUUAUACCCCAGUGUGGUGCCGAAGAAUACGAAAGAGACCGAGUCUCAUCCCUCGGUGCACAUUCAGGUUACUCGAGUAAAGGACGACUCUUAUGGAGUGCUAUAUAUCAAGUACGCUACAGUUUUAUUACAACAAAUGACUUUGGAAAUCGACGAGGACUUUGUCUUCGCGCUCCUGGAAUUUUCAAAGGUCCCUGGCGCAAGUUGGUCCGAAACCCACGAAGGAGUCCUCUGUGACGAUAGCUUGGAUAUACCAGAACCAACACAAGUAGAGGCUGGUCAAGAUAUGUACUUCGAGCUGCUGAAUAUACAGCCGAUGCAGUUGGACCUGUCAUUUGUCCGCACAGAUCGUGUCAAUGUUGAGGACAAAACAUCUUCAAGAAACCCAUUGAUGUUCUUCUUGAAUGUCCUGACAAUGGCUAUUGGCAAUAUCAAUGAUGCUCCUGUUCGUCUCAAUGCCCUCAUGCUGGAGAACGCUCGGGUUUCGGCUGCUGUUUUGUUGCAGAAUGUGUCGAAUCAUUACUCCCAAGAAGCAUUAUAUCAAGUACACAAGAUUCUAGGCUCGGCAGAUUUCCUUGGAAACCCUGUCGGUCUCUUCAACAAUCUUAGCUCUGGUGUGGCAGAUAUCUUCUACGAGCCGUAUCAGGGAUUUAUCAUGUCAGAUAGUCCCGAGCAGCUUGGGAUUGGUAUCGCAAAGGGUGCUACUAGUUUCGUGAAGAAAUCAGUCUUUGGUGUUUCUGACAGUUUCUCCAAAUUCACUGGCAGUAUUGCCAAAGGUUUAUCAGAAGCCACAAUGGACAAGCAAUUCCAAGACCGUCGCCGUAUGACGCGAUCACGUAACCGUCCUAAGCAUGCGCUCUACGGCGUCACAGCCGGCGCAAACUCAUUCGUCAGCAGCGUCGCCAGCGGCGUAGGUGGACUGGCCCGCAAACCCCUCGAAGGUGCCGAGCAAGAAGGGGUGGCCGGCUUCUUCAAAGGUGUUGGGAAAGGUGUCCUUGGCUUCGCUACUAAACCCGCAAUCGGCAUUUUCGACCUCGCCUCCAAUGUGAGCGAAGGCAUCCGUAACACCACCACCGUCUUCGAUGCCGAAGGCCUGGAUCGCGUCCGACUCACGCGCUUCAUCGGCACCGAUGGUAUCGUGCGCCCUUAUUCGCAGCGCGAAGCACUGGGUCAGUUCUGGCUCAAGCAACUCGAUAACGGGAAAUAUUUCAACGAGAUGUACAUUGCACAUCUGGAACUCCCGCGCGAGGACGUAGUCGUUAUGCUUACGUAUAGCCGCAUCAUGCUUAUCAAGAGCAAGAAGUUGACGAGUGAGUGGGAUGUCCCACUUAAGGACAUACAGACAAUUAGCAAGGAGAGGACGGGCUUGAGUUUGACGCUGAGGGGCGGUACGAAUGGACCGUUUAUACCGGUAGGGGAGGAAAGUAGUCGGAACUUUCUGUACAAGAAGAUUGGGGUUGCGGUGGGGGAGUUCAAUAAAAUGUAUAAGGCGACGGAAUAG